AUGUCGCUGUUGGAAAUCGGCGGGUGUUUCAGCAGCGGUCCCCUGCCGAGCGACAGCCCGGCGCUGCGGGGGGAGAGGCUGCUCCCUGUCGGCGUGGCAAAGCUGCGCCGUGUGGGCGGGGCAACCGCCUCCCUCUUCGCCUGGGACUCGGCUGAUGAUAAUAUUUGUCUUUUGUUUUCACAGGUUCCUGUUGCAUGUAAAUCAUGUCCCUGUGGCUACAUAUUUAUUAGUCGAAAACUCUUGCAUGCCAAACGUGCCGAGAGAUCACCACCCAUCACAGAAAACAAGAGUGAGGCCAAAAGGAGACGGACAGAGAGAGUUAAGCGAGAGAAGAUAAAUUCUGCAGUAAAUAAAGACUUAGAAAACCGAAAAAGAUCCAGGUCUAACAGCCAUUCAGAUCAUAGCAGACGAGGAAGAGGAAGACCGAAGAGUGCCUCAGCCAAAAAGCACGAGGAAGAAAGAGAGAAACAAGAAAAAGAAGUUGACAUGUAUGCUAACCUUUCAGAUGAAAAGGCCUUCGUAUUUUCAGUGGCCUUGGCGGAAAUAAACAGAAAAAUUAUCAAUCAAAGACUUAUUCUGUAACUUGUAAGCACAAUCUGAUGCAUUUAUGUGCAAAAUGGCUAGCAUAUUUCCAAGGUGUCAUGGACUCUCGGGAAGUGUGUUGUCUGCACCGACAAGGACCAUAGUAUUUCCUGUUAAAAUUCUGCUGCUGUUCUUGGAAAUCGAAUUCUGUCUCUACAAGUCAGAAAGAAAGUGUUCACAAGAUUGUACUGUGAAAAAUCAGAAAGCAGAUACGUUUUACACCUUGAAGACAAAUGCUAGACAAGUGCACAGAGAGACUGCACCCAUUCCAGAACCCUUCUUUUAAAUUUGCUGCCAGAAAUGCAAUAUUUUAAAUAUUUUCAGAAAUAAAUGAUUUUCCUUUAAAAUUAUAUAUUUCAGAUUUUUCAGCUAUAUUGCAGUUUACUUACAGUUCACAUAACUUUUUAAUAAAUUGAUAUUUCA